AUGCGUGGCCCUAGCUAUCAGGUGUGCUACGUGUCUGUGUAUCUGCCGGGGGUGGCCGAAGGUAUAGAUAUGCUUAGGACCCAGAGAGUGGUGGUAGCCGGCUCGUUCUUGGUCCGGAUGGAGGUCAUGCAGAAAAAUGUAGAUGCUCUUCUGGAGGGUUUUGGGAACAUACAUACAUUUUUCGCAACAUACAGGACCUUUGCCUCUCCUGGUGAGGUCCUAGAAAUGCUCCUCAGCAGGCAUGGAAAGCUGGAGACCUUGAGCUGCAGAGGAGAUGAAAGUCCAGAUUUCUCAGCGGACUCCAGGGCAGUCCUCGGGAAUCCAAUCAUCUUCUUCUUGAAAACUUGGCUGCACUUCAGCCCUGAAGAUUUCAAAGAGCCGCCGAAGUACCACACACUACAGAAAGUAAUAGCACACCUGAACAAGAAUGUCCCUGGCUGUGACAUUGAAAUGGAGGCCAAACACCUCCUCCACCAGUUUCAAAACGAAGCAGAAAAUGAGAGUAAGUUAUAUUUUUUUUCAAGCUAUCACUUCAUCAUCUCCGAAACUGCACUAAAGAAUUGCAUUUUGGGAGGUAAAUGUUAGCAACAAUUAUAUUGCCAGGGCCUAAUCCUGAUAUCACUUACACGACAGGAUCAGGCCCUGUAGACUUUGGGGUUUUUCUGGCUCUGUCCCUGGUGAAUCUCUCCUGGGAGAGUGGGUAAAGAGUGGGUAGAAACACAAAUCUGCAGUGGGGAAUCACAGGCCUGGUCGUGUGGAUUGGAAACUGGGAACUUGGCAUUUCAGAGAAUUUGCCAGCGCACAAGAGUCAGAGCAGCAGCCAAGAGGCAAAUUGCCUUUGCAUUUUCAGCACUUUGGAAGUAUGGCCAAAGCUGCUCUCUACCUACUUCUCCCCUUGCAAAGAGAAAAAUCUCAUCAGGUGUUACCGUGCUCUGACCAAAGGCAGCUUCAGGCAAAGCCUUUUUGUCGUGAAGCAUGUCUUGCUAGUGACCACCAUAGCACAGGA